AUGCCUCGGUGGUUUCAUGUGAUUUUCUGUCUCUCUGUACUUAUUCUUCUGUCAGAUACGUCCGUAAAAGGUGCUACUGCAGACGCUAAUGAUCAUUUAGAAAAAGGAAAGCGAUUAUUAGCUACAGGACAAUUAGCUGAUGCUCUCUCACAAUUUCACGCCGCAAUCGAGGUUGAUCCGACAAGCUAUGUGGCAUAUUUUCGACGCGCAGCUGUUUAUUUAGGCAUGGGAAAAUUGAAAGCAGCAUUACCAGAUUUGAGUAAAGUCAUCGAACUCAAACCUGACUUUACUGCAGCACGAAUACAACGAGGAAAUUUAUUAUUGAAACAAGGUGAUUUUGGUGAAGCUAAAAUUGAUUUUGAGAAUGUGAUCAAAUCAGAUGCGACGAAUAGUGAAGCGCGUAGUCAAUUAGAUCUAUGUGAAAAAUUAAGUCAAACAGUUAAAGACGCUGAUAAUUUUUAUGCGAAAGAAGAUUAUAGUAAAACAAUUGAGCUGCUUUCGCCCGUUAUUGAGCAUUGCCCAUGGGCUAUUCAAAUACGUGAAUUACGCGCUGACAGUUAUCUCAAAUCAGGUGAUCUCUCAAAAGCAGUCAAUGAUCUUAAAGCAACAGCGAAGUUAAUACCAGAUAAUACUCAAGCAUUUCUCAAAAUCAGUCAAUUACUCUACUCGAUGGGUGAGGCUGAUGAUAGUUUAACAAAUAUUCGAGAAUGCUUGAAACUCGACGCUGAUCACAAAGCAUGUCAUACACAUUAUACCAAAGUAAAGAAAUUAGCCAAACAACUAGAAUCUAUUCGCGAAGCAAUUAGUCAAUCAAAUUGGAAUGAAUGCCUGGAAAAAGCGAAUCAAAUUCUUAAACUUUCUUCUGAUUCAGCAUCGCAUGCAUUUGUACAGCGUGCUCAUUCAACGCUGUGUACGUGCAUGUCGCGAGGCAAAUCACCAGUCAAAGAAACGAUUGAUAAAUGUACGUACGUUUUGGACACAUAUGGGUCUGAUGCAGAAAUGUUCGUCAGUCGUGCCGAAGCACACAUAUUGAAUGAACAAUAUGAAUCAGCGCUGGCAGAUUACCAACAUGCACAAGAAACGGAAGACUCGAAUCGUAUUCAUGAAGGUAUUAAACGCGUGCAGAAACUCAUCAAACAAUUGAAAAAACGCGAUUAUUACAAAAUUCUGAAUGUUCGACGAACGGCCAACAAGGCGGAAAUUAUGCGAGCAUAUCGUAAACUGGCAAUCAAAUGGCAUCCAGAUAAAUACGAAGGUGACGAUAAGAAACGAGCAGAGAAAAUGUUCAUUGAUAUUGCUGCCGCCAAAGAAGUUUUAACUGAUGCAGAAAAACGCGCAAAAUUUGACGCUGGAGAAGACCCAUUGGAUGCUGAAGAACAGGCACAACAGCACAAUCCUUUUCAUGGUUUUAAUCCGUUCGGCGCUGGCAGUAAUCAAGGUUUCACCUUUCGUUUCCAUUUUAAUUGA